AGUGAGUUUGUGAGCACGCAACGCAAACGAUUCUCCUCACGCGAAGGUGUGUGAGUAAAAUCUCGUGAACGCUUGCCGAUCUAAUCUGCAAUAUAAUAUGCUGAAUCUUUUUAUAUUCAUACGUAAUUUGCCUAUUCUCUUCAAUUAAAUAGUGCUAUAUAAUACCUGAAGAAUGUUGUCUUUUUAAUGAGUAGUUGGUUGACUGCGAGAAAGGAAACAAUAAUUCGACGUACAUCAAGACAAAGUCACUUAAACCAUGUGGUUGCGUGUCCUGGUGGCUGUCAGUGUUACAGCGCGGGUGUGGUCGCAGCACGCAUAUGCGAAUCAGAGAGUGCAACAGAAUGGUAAAGGCUUCGAGUGGAGUUGGCAGUUGACGCCAGUGGACUCAGUGCCCGCGGAACAGUUUUAUGUCCAACUGCCUCAGCCAGUACAAGGAGUUCAGUAUGCGUCGAACGUUGGUGUGUUACAGACUACAGCACCAUUACUCGACGGUAGCGGCCAAGAAACAGUGGGAUAUAAUCAUGCGGUACCAAUUCAGAUAUAUGAAAAUCCGUCGCUAUCUAACAACACACAGAUAACACACAACGGUCAAAGUAACGGAAAUUCUGUGCAUACCCCAGUCGACAUAUAUCUUCUUCAACAGCAACUCUCCUUGCCAGUGUAUCAAACUGUGCAGGGUAGUUUACCCGGCGAUUUAAUACACUAUACUAAUAUACAACCAAAUUUAUUUAACUUAAAUACUUUAAACCCAACCGGGUACAAUUUUCAAACUAAUCAUCUGAUAACAAAUAACCAAGAAGUCAUUGAUUCGAAAAAUAAUGAUCGCUCGAGCAAAGACUUGAACCCGAUAACCUCGCAUCAAGAAAUCGGUGCAGAACAAAAUCACAUACCGGUAACAUCAGUUGUGCAAGUUUUUAGAGAUCACAAUUGCUCUAACGAAGACCUAAAAACUGAAAAUAAAUUUUAUAACAAUACGCAAAAAUCGACUGAAUUAGUUGCAGAAAUUACGACAUACGAUAAGCAAAAUAUAAAUGAAAAUUUCGAAAAUACUGAUCAGCAGAAUGAACUAUUGUCCUACAAAGGGGCAACUGAUUUCAAAAUUGAACAACCAAUAGAUAAUACAAAUAAAGAAGGAUUUUAUUAUUAUUCAACAGAAACCAGUCCUAUUUCUACUGGAAACACUAAUAUUAAAGAGGAAGACAGUAUAUCACGUUUAGUAGCUUCAACGCAAGAUCUUAUAUCAAAUGAUGAUUUAUUAAGAAUCAAUCAUUCUGCUGAGAAACAUCUUACUGAAAUUUAUGAUGAUUAUAUCAAACCACGAUCUAGAUUUAAUUUAAAAAGUGAGGAGACCCGUUACAUCAAAAACCCUCGAAAUCAUAUAACAGUUAAGGCAAAAAUAUCUAAUAUAGAAAAUAGAGCUAUCGAGUCCUUGAACAAUGAUGUAGCUGACAAAAUUCAGAAAGACAAUUAUGAAAGUGGUAAAUUUACGUCUCCUAUCAUUGUAGAAGAAUUCAGUGAUGCUGAUUACAAAGAGCAGGUUUUAAAUACUUUAGUAUCGACUAUGGAUCCAUAUAUAGAAAACGGAUAUGAGAUUGUAAAUAUAAAAAAGGACUCUAAAGGAAAUCAUAGCAAAAUGUACGUACCACAUUAUUUUAACGAGGAGACAGUUUAUGUAACUCCAAGACCUGUGGGACAGAGAUACUUGGCACCUAUAACUGUAGCACUGAGGUUGCUUAAUUCCAAUCAUACUGAUGAUUUGAACUCGAUUGAUGAUCACGAUACUUCUGAUACUGAACUCGUUGAGAAAACUGUAAAGAGUCCAUCCAAAGAAAGAACAAUCGUAGAGAUACAAGAAUCAAUACCACUAGACAUAAUUCAUAUAAAUGAUGUUGAAGUACAUGAGUAUUUGGAAGAAGGCAGAAGCAAUUCAAAUCCGUUUGAUAUGGCAAAGAUUUUGCAUAAUACAUACAUGAAAGUUCUACAAUUUACGAAGAAAAAUGAAGAUAAUAUAAACGAUGUUCUUAAUAACUAUAAUAAGAAUCAUGAUGAAUAUUCUGAUUCAAAUUAUAAUGAUGAUGAUCAAAGUAAUGAAAACAAUCAUGAAAUAAAAGAAAAACUAGAACCUAGUGAAAAUAUGCAAUCUGAGGUUCAAUUUAUCAGUGAUGAUAUAAGCAAUAUGGGAUACGAAAAUAAAAAUUACUAUGAUAAUCAUAAUGCUAAUAUUAGUGAAGCUACUCAACCGAUAAUUAUAGAAAAAGAAGUGCCUGUCCCACAAUAUCAAGAUCGCUAUACAGAAAAGCAAGUGCCUGAACCAGUGGAAGUUGUUAAACAUAUUCCCGUUGAUAGACCAGUCCUUGUUCCAGUGCCUUAUGAAAAAGUUAUUGAAAAGCCAGUUGAAGUUACGAAAUAUAUCGAAAAGCCUUAUCCUGUUCAAGUUCCGCAACCUUAUCCAGUAGCAGUGAAGGUACCGUACCCCGUGGAACAGAAAGUUUUCAUAGAUCGGCCAGUACAAAUACCAUAUCCAGUUGAGAAAUUAGUAGAAAAACAAAUUAUCAAAACUCUUCCAGUUCCUACACCUGUGGCCGUACCAUUCAAAGUACAUGUCCCAGUCGAAAAACCAGUUCUAUAUCCAGUGGCGAUAGAGAAACCAAUACUCGUACCGAUUGAAAAACCAGUACCAGUCGAGAAAAUUUUUCAUAAAGAGGUCCCAGUUCCAUAUCCGGUAGAGAAGACAAUUUUAUAUCCUGUACUUUAUGAAAAAAAGGUUCAUGUGCCCUAUCCUGUGGAAAAACAAGUGCCGUUUCCCGUUGAGAAAAUAGUAGAGAAACAAAGACAAGUGCCAGUGAUUCAGGUCGUUAAAAAACCUGUAGACGUAAAUGUACCCGUUCCUGUCCCAGUUCAUAUAGUGAAACACUAUCCUGUAGACAGGAUAGUCGAGAAAAAAGUUCCCAACCUCUUCCCGGUAGAUAGAAUUGUAGAGCAAAGGGUGCCAGUAAAAGUCCCGUAUUCUGUGGAAAACUUUGUAGACAGGUUGGUUCAAAAACCAGCGGUGUUCACCAAAUACAUUGAUAGACCGUAUCAGGUUGAAACAAAGGUUCCUCAUAUUGUUGAGAAGAUUAUUGAAAAGAAGCUACCGUAUGCGGUACAAAUUCCAUAUACGGCUUCGUCAUUGGCCCAUGGAAACAGUGAGCAGGAGUCUCAAAACCUGCCUAAUUAUCAUCAGUAUCAGGGUCAAUCUAAACAAAAUCCGUCUCCAGUUCAAAACAAUCAAGAUCAUCAAGCGCAACAAGGAUACCUCAACCAAUACUACCAAUAUCUAAAAGAAAGGCAGCAGACAUAUAGUGUACCAGUGCAAACAACACAAUGGGGUAAGUUGUACGCCUCGUCAUUCAAAUAUCUAAACGUCACGCCCGAAGACAGUAAAGAUACGAAGGAAGCAAAUGGCGUAACAUAUCUAACGAUCAAUAAAAACACUUAUUACGGCCCCCCACCGGUACAAUUUUACGGUAAUAUGUGGGAGAAAAACAGUGCUCACAUUUCCGAGGUUGAGCUGAAAAGAAGUGAUAGAACGCCGAAAGUAACUAAUAUAAGAUUAGAAUAUGGUUUCAAGCCUCCUUUAAUUCCCAGCACGGAAGUCGAUUUGGACGGGAGACCUAUAAACAAGGAAUCGGAUACUUAACACGUUUUAAAGUCAAAAAAAUCAUUUAGUAUGUAAUGUUAUUUAUGUUUAUAAACAAUUAGUUUAAUAACCUGUACAAAAUAUGGAAAUUAAAGUUAAGUUAUUUUAUUUUAUUUAUAUACAAUUUAUAUUUGGGGGAGUAGAGUCGAUUUUCUCACAACCUACAUUUACAAAACUUUUAGAAAAUAAUGUAACAAAUUGUAAUAAAAUAUCGAGUAAUGAUAAUAAUAAUAACGUCCUCCAGGCCGAAUAUCGGUCACUCAACAUGACACUAUCCAUCUGCCCAGGACAAGAUUUACAGUGCACGAGUGUGUGCGCAAACAAUCUCUUUCCCUCUUAUAGCCGUAUGGGACAAAAAUCUGAUACAAUGGAGAGAGAGCUGGCGCAGGACCAACGGCUUAACAUGCCUUUUGUUCGUAUCUGAAAAUAUGAAGUCAUGACCUAGUAACAGGACCGUCCGUUGCGACAUUAAUUUAGAUUUUAUAUUCAACAAUGGACUUGUGAAGAGUUCUAAUGAUAACUGAUAAAUAUAAAAAAUAGAGACAUUGAAACUUUUAAAUUAGCUUUAAUUAAUUGAUUUUACGUUAACAUUUAAAUUAAGCUGUAAUGUUUAGUUUAUAUUUGUAAUUAACCUUAGUUUUACCUUUAUGUGCCUAUAUCUGUAAAGUUCUUCAGAUUUUAAUAAAAAAAAAACAUUUAUUGUUAUAAGGCGUGCAACGCUAAUUGAUGUAAAUACACGUAUUUUUAAAGUAUUAUUGUGACGUAUUUAUACAGUAAAGAAAUAUUUA